CGGCGGAGCCAGCGGCGCCCACCCUCCCGGCCCUCUCGUGUCCAUUCCGGCUGCCCGCCCGCCCCGGCACCAUGACGGACCAAGCUAUCUCCUUCGCCAAGGACUUCCUGGCGGGCGGCAUCGCCGCCGCCAUCUCCAAGACGGCCGUGGCCCCGAUCGAGCGGGUCAAGCUGCUGCUGCAGGUGCAGCACGCCAGCAAGCAGAUCGCGGUGGACCAGCAGUACAAGGGCAUCGUGGACUGCAUCGUGCGCAUCCCCCGGGAGCAGGGCGUGCUGUCCUUCUGGCGCGGGAACCUGGCCAACGUCAUCCGCUACUUCCCCACGCAGGCCCUCAACUUCGCCUUCAAGGACAAGUACAAGCAGGUCUUCCUGGGCGGCGUGGACAAGCACACGCAGUUCUGGCGCUACUUCGCCGGGAACCUGGCCUCGGGCGGGGCGGCCGGCGCCACCUCCCUGUGCUUCGUCUACCCGCUGGACUUUGCCCGCACGCGCCUGGCCGCCGACGUGGGCAAGUCGGGCACGGAGCGCGAGUUCAAGGGCCUGGGCGACUGCCUGGUCAAGAUCAGCAGGUCCGACGGCAUCCGCGGCCUCUACCAGGGCUUCAACGUGUCCGUGCAGGGCAUCAUCAUCUACCGCGCCGCCUACUUCGGCGUCUACGACACGGCUAAA